AUGAACAUUGAAUAUGUAGAAGGUAGUGAUAUUAAUGAGCUGAUUAAGAAAAUAGAUAUUAAUUAUAAAGAAUGUGAAAAAUAUGAUAUAUUUAUUGAAGAAAAUAAUAUAGAUGAAGAGAAAGAAUCAUUUAACAAUUUAAAAUUUAGAAAAAAGAAGAAUGAUAUAAAAAAUUUUGAAACAAAAAAUUUGAAUAACAACCAUGAUGAUAAAAAUGAAAUUAAAAAAGGAAUAGACAACAUUAAAAAUAUUAUCUUUCAAAAAAAAAUUAAUGAUAAAAAUAAAAAAUACGUAAAUUUUAAAAAAGUAAAUAAUAAAAAUGUAUUAACUAAUUUAAAUGUUAGAAAAAAGAGAAUAUUAGAAAGUAGUGAUGAUGAAUCAGAUGAAAAUGAAUUCUCAUCAUCUGUAAAAACAAUAGUUGAUUAUGUAAAAAAAAGGAAAAAUCAAAGAAAGAAGUAA